CCGGGCCUUGUCUCCGGUCGCUGUCCGUCCCCCUCUAUGGUGUCUCCGCCCACACUGCUUUAUAAAUGAGCUGAACAACAGUUAGCGUGUCAACGGACUGCGCUCACACAGCGAUACAGAGUGGACACAACAUGGCGGAGAGAGGCUGUGAGCAGCCGCGGUCCCCCCCGUCCUGCCCGUCUUCCCGGUCCAGGUCUCCAGCACCGCAGUAGACCUGUUUAACGUGGACUCAGGUCUGUGGGAACGGUGAGGCGACGCUCUGACGCCACAGAAGAAACCUGCUGUGAAACGAGCCGCUGGAGAAGAACUAGAGAUGAGCCGACACGCAACAGGCAACCUGGAGCCGGGGCAGGAGUGUGUUCCCUCCCUGCCGCUGCCUGCGGAUCAUGUGCUCACCUCUGGAGCUGUGCUCUUCCCUGGUGCUUUUGAUCAACAUGGCUUCCCUCUGAUCGUGUUCCCAGCGGAUGGACAAGCCAAACUCUCCUCAGAACUCAGCAAAGCAGAAGUGGUGGACUUCAUAAAUUACUUUCUGUGUCUGCACAAUAAGAAGCAGGAGAAGGACAGUCUUGUGUCAGUGGUGGCUGAUCUGAGGCACGCCUCGCUCCAGACGACCAGGUUCAUCUCUGAGACGCUGAUUCUUCUCGAGCUGCACAGGCGGACCGUCCACGGUGUGUACAUCAUUCAGCCCAAAAAGAAAGACACUGUGAAGCUGCUGCUGAAGCUCCUGGCUCCGUCCCGGUCUUACACUGCUGCUUUUAAGAAAGUCCUUCUGAAAGAAAUCUCCGAGCUCUCCAACUACAUUGACAGAAGCCAGCUAACAGUGCCGCUGGGUGGCUACUUUAUUUACUGUCACCGGAGUUGGGCUGCCUUCAUUAAGGAAAUUGAUGCGUUUGUCCAGGAGUUCCUGUCUGUGGUCCAGCGGCUGCCCUCAUGUAUCUCCACACUGCAUGCUCUGUCCAGGCUGCCGAUGCCCUCCACCUUCAGUGAGCUCCAACACUUCUGCUCCACUAAUGAAGCCAAGUUCCAGCAGCUCAGGAGGGAGCUGGGGCUGAAUGAGCUGCUGAGGCACUGUGAGACUGUGGUGGAGAAGCUGCGUUACCCUGAGAAGGAUCCAUGCUACCAGGCAAUGGCUGGCACCGCCCUCUUCACUUACACCGCCUUUGAUAUGCUGCAGAACCACAGCAGGAUAACUGCAGCUGUGGACAAAGUGGAGCUGUUGUGGCAGCAAGCCUUUUCAAAGGCCCGUCUCCAGCUGCAGGUGUUCCAGCUGCGAGAGGAUGCGCUGCAGAUCACAGAGCAGAUCCUAACUCUUCAAGAAGACAAACUCCAGCCCUACAAAAUGGAGAUUGCCAAGGAUGCUGCAGGGGCAGUGACGUUGGUGUCUGAGUUUGAGGCUUCCAUUCACACUCCUGCUAUGGCACUGGUUCGGUGUGCUGAGGAUGUGAUCAACACGUUGGCUGAGAUCCUGCCAUGUGACGGUCAGACCAGGGAGCCCUGGGUUCUGGAUCUGGAGAGGCUGAAGGAGAAAAUGCACUCCACUGUGCACUUAAUUCUUCAAACCCUCAGAGCCGUUUCCACCUACCAUCGCAGCUACAGCAAGGCCAGGGGCUGGUACAGUCUGGUCCUUUGUGAGAACUUUCUCCAGGAAAUGCUGUCAGGAGUUAACGGAGACGCUGCUCCCAGCCAGAGGCAGAGGAGGAGCUGGAGGACGAUCCCUACGUGGAGGCUAAAACUCUCCUCUUUUCUUAAGAAGAAUCCUCCUCCAGAUGUGGAGCAGCUGGUUCAUCUGGCUCACCUUUCCAACAUCAUCCAAGAUGAUGAGCUCCAGCAGGCGGGCAAGCAGAUGUCUCAGCGGUGCAUGACUCUGAGGGAACUGCUGAUUUCUUCAGGACCAGUGGCAGUCGCUCACCUCCAGUUGGCCUUGCAGUGGCAGUACGAGUUGUUGCGGAGCAGCCAUGUAAACCAUUCCUCUGCUGAGGGAGCUACAAACAGAGCAGAUAAAGGUGUUACCAAGGAGGUGGCCCAUCUUCUGGAAAUAUCUUCAUCAACUGCAAUUUCUGCGAUGGUGUCAACAGAGGGCAAACCCCCAUCCCUUAGCUCAUUCGACUCGGGCUUCGAUGGAGCAGCAAGCAACCGGCUAGAGGCCUGGGGAGGGAGGGAAGGAGCGGAAGGUCUGUCUAGAUCAGCUGGGACCAGAGACUCUGCGGAUCUGAAGCUGGCUCAACACUGCUCUCAUGAAGAGAACUCAUGCAGUGUUUCAGACUCUGAAGAUCACAGACAAGAGUUUGAUUAUGGUUUUGUGGGACUCUCUUCCAGGGCCAGCGUCCAGAUCAUUCCCAGAGUGACCAUAGAGUCACUCAACUUUGAGAUCAAAGUGAAGCGCUCAGCUGCUCUACCCAGUAAUCCUUGGCUCAGCCUGCCAGUAGAUGAUCUGGAGAACUCCUACACAGUCACCAUUACACAGAACCCAACACCACAGAACAGAGACUUGCCAGUCCACCAUCCCUCAGAGUCCCACUCUGCUGCCAACCAGACAUGCAGGUGUCGAGAUCAGCCCAAACAGACUAAGGGAUUGUCUCUAGGGCCACAGAGCACAGACUGGACUCAAUCACAAAGCACAUUGGUGGAUCCAGAGCUAAGUCCCAUUCACAAGAUCCUGUCCAGCACUAUUACAGAUGGAAUAGACCAGUCCCUGUGCACCACAGACGGGGUCCCCACUCUUCUCUGGGAUUCUUAUGACCUCCAUGACCAGGCUCAGCAUUCUGCUGAUAGCCCAAGUGAUGUGUCCCUGAAGGACUGGGAUGUGAGGGAGCAGGAGGGAUUGAGGGAAGUGGAGCAGAUCCUGCACAGGGCUGAUGACAUACUGGAGAAAGAAGAACGUGUUCUGGCUCAGGAAGCAGUGCUAGAUGCUCUGCUUAGGUGUGAGGAGCAGAGCAAUCAGUGGCCACCAUGGGACAGGGAGGACCAGCUCAGUGCGCUGUCUUCUAAUGAGCUGGCUGAUGCCGGUGUUCUUGGCCUUGAGGAUUACCUUAUCCCUGUGGAGUCCUUCAGCUUCGGUGAACCCACAUCAGCUGCACAUUCAAGUGAAACUAAGACAUCUGAAGAUGACGGCUGGUGCACUGCAGCCGCCACAGGAGCACAAACGGUAGCAUUUCACAGCACGCCUGACCUGCUGACAGAGCUGAGAAAUGUCCACGCCCUGGAUGAGCUGAUCAUGGAGGAGAAGCUGAAGAUCCAAGAGCUCAGAAGCUGCAAAGAAAAUGAGGACCCUUUUGGGAGAAAACCCUCAGAUACAAGUGGGCUGUUGAGUAUCAGCAAAGAUGGGGAGACUUUCUUGUUACAACUGGAUAAGGAGAAAAGAGAAGUGGAUAAGCUUGAGAAGAGUUUGGGCAAAGAGUGUAAAGUGAAGAAGCACCAGGACAGAGCAGGAAAGGUUGUAAAAAAUUCUAUAAUGGAGAAAGCUAGAAGUGAGACUAUGGAAGACGGAGUGCUCAAUGAUGAGCUUCUAUCAGGGAGCUUCAGCAGAACAAAUUCAACAUCUUUAGUCCACAGUGAUUCUCCAGCUCAGGACACCAGGGAAACUGAACAUAUACAAGCUGAGGCUACACCAAAAGUCCUGGCUCAGUUUCCAGAUCCUCACUGUGAGGAUCAUUGCUCUGAAGCUGAGACAUCAAUAUUUCAGAGAAGUACCUUAAUUAUUACCUCUAAUCUGAAGAAAUUUUGUGGCGAGGAGGCAGUCCAACCUCAGGGAUGUAUCGAUGGGAGAGACACUGACGGACGUGCUGAAAACUCUACAAAACACAAACCAGAAGCUUCUUUAACCCCUGAAAUGAGGCUAGGUGAUAGAGAGUUUGACCCGGGUGGAAGAUCACACCUUCCUCCUGUGCCAAAACCAAGAAAGGCUCUACUUCCUGUGAAUGGUGACCUUGAAGAACUCGUAACUCCUCAUUCCGCAGAGCUGAAUCCAGCUCUGUCCGCAGUCACUCAACAUCCUGGUUUUGUGCAACUUGAUCUACAAGAUAAACCACUCAAUGCACUGUUAGAGACUGUGAGUUCAGCCAGCAGUCACAUCUUGUUUAUUAAUGCAAAUGUGAAGGAACACUGCAACAACAAUAAUAAUAACCAUGCGCUUCAAGAGCAGUGCAAGGUGUCGGUAGAGCAUCUGUCUGAGACGUCCACUGACAAUGAAGAGGAAACGUUGGGGGCUCGUGAAUGUUCUUUACAGACUGAUUCACAGCCAGCAGAUGAGAUCCAGACUUUAUCUCCACUUCCGCAAUCGGCACCACAGCAGCCUCACCAGCAGCUGGAGUUUGACUCCCCUGGAAGAGAUGAGCAGAAUGAUGGUGUUACGAGGAGACCAGGCUCUCGGUCGGCUGGGAUUCAGGCCCAGCCUAACGUCAGCCUGAGAGAGCUGAUUGAUUUCAAGACACCCAUAGUGUUGGACACAGGCUCUGGCUUGAUGAAAGCAGGAUUUGCAGACGAAGACCUUCCAAGCAUUAUAUUCCCAACAAUAAUUGGGAUGCCAAAAUAUGAGGAAAUAAUGAAUGGUAAUCUUGAAAGGGAGACCUACAUUGGACAUGAAGCUCAGCACAUGAGAGGAGUCCUGACUCUAAAGCAUCCCAUAAAGAACGGAAUCAUACGUAACUGGGAUGAAAUGGAAAAGAUUUGGCAUCACACAUUCCAGCAGCUGCGCGUGGAUCCCGAGGACCACCCUGUUCUGUUGACGGAGGCAGCCAUGAACCCCUCACAGAACCGUCAGCAUAUGGUGGAGAUCAUGUUUGAGAAUUUCAGUGUUCCCUUCACAUACGUAGCCAUGCAGGCAGUUCUGGCACUUUAUGCAGCAGGGAGAUCCACUGGUGUGGUGUUUGACUCUGGAGAUGAUGUGAGCCACAGCGUUCCUGUGUUUGAGGGAUACUGUCUGCCUCAUGCAGUUCAGCGCUUCCCUCUAGCUGGUGGAGAUGUUACAAUGCAUCUUAAAAAGCUGCUGCAGGAACAAGGCGUGUCCAUGCGCACCACAGCAGAGACGGAGAUCGUGAGGGAGAUGAAGGAGAAGUGCUGCUGUGUGGCUCUCAACUAUGAAGCUGAGCUGAGUGCAGGGGGGUCGUCCUACACGGAGAUGCAUUACACAAUGCCAGACGGACAGAUUGUCACUCUCAGCACGGAGAGGUUUAGGGCCCCUGAGAUUCUCUUUAAACCUGAGCUGAUUGGGCGGGACCAUUGUGGGAUGCACAAGAGCAUCUUCAAGUCGAUCCUUAGCUCAGAUAUUGACCUGCGGCGCUGCUUCCUGGGAAACAUUGUCCUGUCAGGUGGGAACACACUGCUGGCUGGACUGCCUGAGCGGCUACAGGCCGAAGUCAAAGGACUGGUUCCCAGUGACAUGUGGGAGAGUGUAUGUGUCACGAGCCCCAAAGACAGAGACUUCUCAGUGUGGCGCGGUGGAGCGGUGUUGGCCAGCCUCCCCACCUUCAGCUCCGCAUGGAUCAGUCAGGAGGAGUACGAUGAGUAUGGGCCGCAGAUCGUCUACAGGAAGUGCUUCUGAGACAGACCACUGUAGGUGUGCACGCUGUAAUGAAAUAAAUAUUAAGUGCAGUAUGCCUCCAUCUGUGAUACAGUGCCAUUGACUGGUCCUUUUUAAUUAUUUGUCUGUCUUCUUUUAUGUGUUGAUGUUUUUUUUUUGUUUUUUUUUGUGGAGACUGUUUUGCCCUUGUCAUCAGUUUAACAACAGCGGGGUUAUGAUGACCUGCUGCAUUUUUCUACUGUGAUCCAACACCAUGGCAAAGAUGAAACGUGUGUUACUGCAACAGUCCUGUCUGUCCAUGUUAUUGUCCCUCAGGAACAUUUAGCUGUCUAAAGUGUCCCGCUGUGGGAAUGUUUUACUGUGUCCUGAGGAUUUAAGCACAAGGAUAUUAAUGUUUGUGGUUUAGGGACUUGAAUUAAAGCUGGCCUUUAAUUGAUGUCUGGUUUCCAUAAUAAGUAGAUGUGGGACAUAAAAAGAAAAUCUUAUCAACUAAUCUCAAAUUAUUGUGUGUAUUUAUACAAAAUUUAAAGUUAAUUCAGUGAAACAAAUAAUGUAAUCUAUUGGACGAGGUGAUAGUUGCAUCCAUGCAGAGCUUUGCAGUGUUCACUGCAAGACUUGUUAAAGCUGCAUGAAAUUAACUUCAUGAUGGAUUAUCUGGGCACUGUUGGCAAAGAAACUCUUAAAUGUUGUAUUCAUGCAAUUUGCCAGCUUUUUCUCACUCAAAAUAUUCUGCUUUUUUGUAACAAUUUUUACCCUUUUCCCCAUAAUAUCUUGAAUUGCUGUCAUAUUUUGUAACUCGUAACUUUACAAUUUCAAAAGUCCAGUUUUUCUGUAGUGUUUUUUUAUUUUUUUUUAGUAAUACGACCUAAUACACUCUUCUCCCCCUCCAGCAGUGGCCUGAAUAAAACAUCACUGUACACGUUUGCUGCUGUUGCUGCAGUAAUGUGAACUGUAGAGGAUAAAAGUGGAGUUGUGGAUUCUUAGAAUUUGUGAGUUGAGCUACUAAAGGUUUUUUUUUUUUUGCCACAUUGAUUCUCCACCUGAGCAGUGUUUUGGAUUAGUCGGUGUUAGCAUUAGUUGGUUAAUAUUGAAGUCCAUGCGAGUGGGAAAUGUACAGUCCAGUUUUGGCCUGGUGAUGCCUGUCAUGAGUGGAUGAUGCUACUGCUGCAGGUGCAGUGUUUGUGUAGUGUGCCAAGUUGAAAAUUGAACUUUAUUUUAUUUGAGUGCAGUGUCUUGCCACUAAUGUUCUGUUUUCCAAGAUAUCCUCUGAUUGUGUGGUAGUUUGUAACACUUGCACAGUAGUGUUGAUGUGGUGGAAGGUGUCCAGUCAAACUGCUGCAUUUAUCUCAUUGCCAUCACUAGUGGAAACCCCCUGUCAGUCCUGUACACUGAGUGUACUUUCUAAUGUUUUCUAUGCUGCAUGGUAUUAUUGUGUUGCAUGACAUUCAGUGUCACCUCUUCGCAUGGACUCACCUGUCUGCAUGUUUUUCUUUGUGUUUCUGUAAAUUGCCUCUCAAAAGGCAGGGGGUUAAUCAUGUGACUGAAUGCUCAGCUCAGGACAGAAAUGAAGUGCUCAGUGUGAUUUGUUUACUAGCUGCAGUUUGAAGAAAACAGAUCCUGCUCCUCCUCCGAGUGUACUGUAACAGUCUGCACUGACUCCAGCGACUUUUCACCCGGACCAUGCUAUUUAUUUAUAGUCCUGUUUUUUAAAAUAAAUAUUCUAAUCAUCA